GGUAUGGUGGAGUAGCACAAAACUUCAUGUCAAGGCACAAGUUAUAUCUACCAGACUUGCAAUAGUUACAUAAUCUGCAAGGUACACCUGGUUCAAUUGCAACUCUGUCACCUAGUAAGGAUUUAUUAGGUGGAGAUAAAACUAUCAGCAUGUUUAAAUUACUUUUUCUGUAAAGUAGAAAUGUGAACAGUGAGACAAGGCAUACAUAAUUAUCUUCUUAGAAUAAAAAGCUUUAUCCUUGCCAUUUCUAUGUAUUUUGAAAAAUAUAUCUUUGAAUGCUUAUCUCUUUAAAAAAAGUAAAAUACAUAAUACGUCUGGAUAACCUUCUUUGAGAUUGGUAACACCAGGGCCAAGCUUAGAGACCACAGCACUUGCUUCAUGCCCCAGUAUCAUGGGUGCUUUAACUACAAAAUCACCAAUACGCCCAUGCGUCCAAUAGUGAACAUCAGAACCACAUAUUCCUACUUCCUUCAUUUCAAGCAACACCUCUGAAACGGGAUAUUACUCAAGUAAAAAUACAGUUUCUGAUAAUUUACCUUUUUAAAUUGAAACAAUUUUUGUAAGGUACAGAGUAUAGUAAUUCAAAACUUUACAUACAUAAAAGAAAAGGAGUAUAUGUAAUAAAAACAAAUCAAAAAGAUUUAUCAAGGAAGAUAACAUAAAAUGUAACUUACCUCCUUGGCCAGGCUCAGGGACUGGUAAAUCUUCCUGCAACAAAGUAAGAGUAAACAAAAAUCACUUUAAAAAAUGAAAUUCAUCAUCUGGAGGGUCCAGAUGAUAAAUUAAUCUCAUGUUUAAAAAAAAAAAAAAAAAAUUGAAAUUGUGGUCUGGUCUGAACGGCUAUAACAAAUUCUGAAAAGAUAUAGCCUACCUAUAAACUUAAAAUAAAAAGUAACUUACCUCCUUGGCCAGGCUCAGGGACUGGUAAAUCUUCCUGCAAAAAAGAAAGAGUAAACAAAAAUCACUUUAAAAAAUGAAAUUCAUCAUCUGGAGGGUCCAGAUGAAAAAUUAAUCUCAUGUUUAAAAAAAAAAAAAAAAAAAAUUGAAAUUGUGGUCUGGUCUGAACGGCUAUAACCAAUUCUGAAAAGAUAUAGCCUACCUAUAAACUCCUAAACACCAUAAUUAAUUAUAUGAAUUAAAAAAAUAUGGGUUAAAAGAUUUUUUAAGAUGUUGAUUUUCACAUACGACAUUGUAACUAACAGUUGUAACAGUAUUGGGUUUCUUCAAAAUUAAAAAAUAAUUAAUGUUCAUUUUCUGGUUCUCUGGUUGCGUUCGUUGCUGCAUCCAUAUACUGGCAUCUGUGCAAUGGUUGGGGGAAUGGUGUUGCUAGUCUAACAGCUCCUAGCAGAUGCCAGGGCAGUCUUAAAGCUUUUGACCGAUGUUGAGUUCACACGCGGCAUUGUCCAGGUGGUUCCAAGCUAUUAUUGUGCGUGGGAAGAAAGAUUGUUUAUACUGAACUGUGUUGCACUGAGGCACAGUGAAGCAUUUUCUUAUGUUUCGGGUGUAAUUGUUUAAGGGGUUGUCAGUGGUGAAGUCAGUCUUCAGUGAGCAUUUCGCUCUGAUCAAUUGACCCAGCUUCUGUGGGGUGAGGUACGUGCGUGCAGGGAUGGCCGGCACCAGUCCCAAGACCACUUUAUAUAAGAAUAUCAAGCGGAGUCCCUCUCAUCUAUCUUUAAGGGAGGGAGAGAUUAGGUUUUUUCUGAUAUGUGGUUAUUAAAACCAUGAAAACCAAAUACUUUUUAAAGAAGAAUUUUACCAAUUUCAUUGAUGAUGACAGUAUUUUCUCUCCUUAAAAAUUUGUUUAACACAUUUGACUAAAUUUUUGGAGUCAGAAUGUGACUAUUAAAAAGAAAUUGCUCCUUGUCAACAAUAAAUCAUUUAGUGUUAUUUGAAAUUUGCUGACUGCAACUUCAAUGCUACAAUAUUCUGAAAAGAAUUUUCUACUCUUGUGCCUUGCCAUAUCGCGGUUCACUAUUCAUGGCCUCACUGUAUUGAAGAUUUUGUACUUGUUUAAAUAUAAUUUUGUAUAGCAGAUUUUCGCUAUAAAUGGGAUCCCUUGAGGUGUCAAUAGCUGCAGUUCUUUAAUACAAUUGAGGGUGGUAUGACGGUUUAUAAAAGCCAUCUCGCCCGGAAGAAAAAGCAGCACCAGCAACUCCCCAUUACUAUGUUCCUCGCUUAGAAGAAGACACCAGUUAUGCCACGCCUUUAGAGAAAACAGAAGUUAUGGAUUAGGGCAGGGGUUGGGAACCUUUUUGUCUGAGAGAGCCAUGGACACCACAUAUUUUGAAAAGUAUUUCUGUUAGGGCCAUACAUUAUGUUUAAAACUAAAAAUUCAAGUAAAUGUGUGCAUUUUGUGUAAUUUCAACACUAAAAAUGCAAUAGUUAUGUCUCUGAAUUCUUUUUAAUAACAUUGUUAUGCUGUUGCUAAUCAAUAAUGAGUAUUUCUUACCAUUAAUGUGACUUUUUUUUACAAUCGAACAUUUGUCUGCGAGCCUGAUGCAGCCAUCAAUAGAGCCACAUCUGGCUCGCAAGCCAUUAGGUUCCCGACCCUUGGAUUAAGGCAAAGAUAUUGCACCACCUGAUGAAGUGCCACCUUCAGAAGAGCAGUACCGGUAACUGCACAUCUAAUUCGUCAUCAUCUUCUUCUUUAUAUAUAAUUCAAUUUUUAUUAUAAUCACUGGUGAGUACCCUUAUAGAAUUUUAUAAGGUUGUUAAAAUUAAGUAGGUCUAAGAGUGUAGAAAUUGUUUACAAGAGUGUGGGGAAAGGUUUAUAGGAGUGUGGGGAGGGUUUAUAAAGCCGUAAAAUAUAUAUAUAAAUAAUUAAAUAAUUAUGUUGCUACACUGCAGGUUUUCGCCUAAAGCAGGAGGUUCUGGAACCUAAUUUUUGUAUUGAUGAGGAACCACUGUAUACAUUUUUAACAGUGAGAUCCCAAGUAACUUUCUACUCUUGCAUUACACUUUUUGACAUCACAAUGUUUAACCCCUAAUAUAAUAAAUCAUUAAAAUUUGUAUCUAAAGAAAAAAACCCACUCCAUUUUUUAUCUCUUGUUGAAAAGACACCUUAUCUAAAGGUUAGGGUUGAGAAAUGGACUACAAUCAACUAAGUAAAAGAUAAAUUAUCUUAGACUAUCCAAAUUCAUGAAAUCAAGUAAAAUGAGGGCUACUCUUCUAAUUGUGUCACACAUUUUUUAAACACGUUAAUUUUUAUGCACACACCAUCAGAAAUAUAAACAUAGUUUCUACUAAAUUGAUGUCUCAAUUUUGAACUAUGUUUUAACAAACUACUGGGAUGGUACAAAAGAAGCCAGAAACAAUUAAAAAAAAAUCAAAUCUUAAAAAAUUUAGGUGCAUGCAUUAGGUCAGUGGUUCUUAACCUUCCUAAUGCUGCGACCCUUGAAUACAGUUCCUCAUGUUGUCGCGACCCCAACAAUAAAAUUAUGUUCGUUGCUACUUGAUAACUGUAGAGUAGAGAUAUAUGUGUUUUCCCGAUAGUCUCAGGCGACCCCUGUGAAAGAGUCGUUCGAUCCCAAAGGUUGAGAACUGCUGCAUUUGAUAGUUAAAGUCAUAACAUAAUAAAGUUAAUAACAUAAUUUUACUACUGUCUAAGGCUGGUGAUAUUUGGGUCUCCCUCUCUACAUAGGAUAAUGACCCCAGGGUGCACAAGCUUUGGAUUGACUCAGUUUUGACCAUUUGGCCACCCAGCCAUUUGUAUUUUAAGAAAGCCAGUGGUCAGCCAAAUGAACCAAAAACCAGCAGCAGGACAAUUCUUAACAUUUUUUUGAGAGCCAAAUUUCUUGUCAAGAACCAUUUUUUUCGGAGUCAAAACCCAUAGGUGGCUGACCACUGAAGUAGGUUAUCAAGUUUUUAAACUCAAUAACUCCUAAACUAACAGCAAGCACAAUCUUUGGAUUGGCUCAGUUUUGACCAUUUGGCCACCCAGCAUCCUCUUUUUUGUUGUUGUUUAAGUAGGAUAUCAAGUUUUUAGUUACCGGUAUUUUUAAACCCAUAACUCAAAAAGAGCAAUCAGCAAUCAUUUUUUAAAUUUCAGUUUUAUACUUAAAACUUCUCAUUAGGGCAGCAAAUAUUUUUUUUUUUUUCCCCCCCCCCCCCCCCCCCCGGCCACUGGGCUUAGUCUUAGUUACUUUACUUUAAGAAUUUAAGUUAGUCUGUUCAGUGUACACUUACACACUGUUACUGUGUUGAGUUUAGGUACAGAGCCUUCACCAGACUAAUGAAGGCUCCCUGCGACUUUUCAAUUUCAUACCCACUGCAAUCAAUCAAAGUUGAUAGUUUAGUUUUUUUUUGCACAUUAUAAUAAUAGCUUUACCUUUCGACCCCUUGCCUUAUAGCCUUAUACUUAUACUUAUAUUAUAUUGAGGCCCCUUACAGCUGUUGCAGGUCCGCCAGUGCGCCAGGGUCACACAUCACAAGACGACUCUGUGUUACACUGUAGUGGAGUUUUACUCUUGACUGUUUUCAAUCUUAAUAUUACCGUACUAACUAUUUUCUAGAGUUAAACUAGACUUAGCAUUAUUAUUGAUAUAAUUGAGGGUUGGCAUUCAUCACAUUAUAAAUCACAGUCAUCAGUUAUAAGUUCAGGGUUCGCCCCAGGUGCAUCGUUUCUUGUAUUUGUAUCUUGGCCUUGUGGCUUGGCCCUGAACCCCUGAAUAAUUAUUUAUAUAAUAGUUAAUAAAGUUAAUAGGCAUUAACAGGAUAAUAAUAAGAGCCUAUAGUCUAUAGUCACUAUAGUCUAUAGCCAUAGCCAAAUAUUUAAACUUAAAACUUCAUGAAAUAACACUUACCAAGCGCAAAUCAUCUUUUUCAUAGAGUAUAGCUGUUAAAUUUUUGUCAGACAUUUUCAGCUUGCAAUUACACACUUCACCAAAAUAUUUAACCCAGUCCGAUCUUAUCACACUACCGUACCUAUCAGACCCCAAGAAGCAUCUCAGCUGUUACUGUUAAUAGUGUUAGACAGCACAAGGCCUGGGGGUCAAAGAGCAAAGUUCAAUGCCACACACCAUUAAACCAUUACUGUUUGUUAUGAUUCAUGACCCAGGGCCCAGGGCAAAAAAAUUAGAAAAUUGACAUCUAACAUACGUAUAUAUAUAAAAUAUUAGGUAAGUCAAUUAAGAUUGCAAUAUUAUAAUUUAUAUCAAGUAGAAACUGAAUGUUAGAAUAUAGGAAGUUACUGAAAAGCGUAACGAUAAUAAUAUUGUUGAGAAUUUAACUAAACUUAAGAAGUUUUGUUUCUUCAAUAUUGGCCAAGACAGCAUUCGCCUCACUUUCGCGGCUUAAUAACUUAAUAUUUAAAUUAUGCCACGUUUUGCAAUUCAACUAUACAAGUAUCAUUUUAUGUAACAGUGAAAAUUAUUAUUAUAAUUAUUUUAAAUUUCUAACUACAAUAUACUUAACAAAUAUUUAUUUUAUAAAAUAUACUUUAAAAAAAAUAUUUUUUGACAUGCUUAACUUGAAAAAAGUGUAAUUCUUCUCUUGGAAAAAAUAAAACUCUUGAUUUUUAAGAUGGACGCUUGUUUAGCUGUUGAUAAAGAAUUGGAGAAGUUAUUUGAAAAAUAUGCUUCAGCUAAUGAGCGAGGACAACAAACACUUGAUGAAUUUGUCCAUUCACUUAAGUCUUUUAUUAGUGAGCUUCUUGAAAGUGAGUAUUUAAAUAUUUAGCCUUAGUCCUAAUUUGUUUAGUGAUUGUAGUAAAUUGGUUAAUAAAAAAAUAAUUAUUAAUUAAUUAUUAAUUUUAAAUAUUAAAUUAUAAGUUAUGACGUGACAUAACCAUUUAUAAUUUAUUUUUAAAAUAAUCUUUAACAAAUCAAUGCAUUACAAUAAUUUAAUGCAAUGAAUUUUCAUUGUUGACUGUUGUUCCCUCAUGUGGGGGACACAUUUGGGCAAUUUUGGAUCCUAGUCUAGUGAGUCCUAGUCUCUAGUACUAGUACUAGUACUAGUAGGAUUUGGGCCAAUUAUGCUUUUUUUUUUUUGCCAUGAGAUUUCUUUGGACAAUGUCCAUUGAUUUAAGUGAAGCUUUUAGACAGUCCUUGAAGUAUUUUUUCUGCCCACCAACGGAGCGUUUCCCACAGGAGAGUUCACCAAACAUUAGUAAUUUAGUCGUUUGGGAAGUCUGCUGUCUGGUAUUCUUGUGAUAUGCCCUGCCCAUCUGGCUUGUCCUUUUUGUAGGAGUGUGUGGAUGUUGAUACAAUCAGCCCAUUGUAGGACCUCUGUAUUGGGGACUGUAUACUGCCAUGUUAUGCCUAGAAGCUGUCUGCUAUUCACUGUCCAAAGCUCGCCAGGUAUAGGAUAGGAGAGAUGUUAAUGAUAAUGCUAAUACAAUUGCCCUAUUAGCCUAUAUACUCAGCUUAGUGAAAAGACUGAGACCCCUUUGCUUCCAAACACUCCUGCAGAGCGUUCCAAAUGUAACAUAUGUUUUGAAAAUUUGGUUAUUCAUCUCAUUAUCUAUUGUUGCUGACCUGGAAAGGGUGCUGCCUAAAUAUGUGAAUUUGGCUAAUUUGGAGAGAUGUCGCCAUGACGUCGUUUGCAUCAUUUGCGUGUUUAUUAUAGUUGCAGUGAAUUAGGGUUCAGGUUAGGUUGAGGGAUACAUUAAGGGUUCAGGUUAUGUUUAGGGAUACAUUUAGGGUUCAGGUUAGGUUUAGGGAUACAUUUAGGGUUCAGGUUAGGUUUAGGGAUACGUUUAGUUUUAGAGUGACACAAUUAAAUGGUCAUGUCAACCAAGAUGGCGGCCAUGUGGCAACAUCUCUCCAAAUUUAUAGUGAAUUUUUUCUGCCGCUUUUACUUUUAGUUUAUAUUUUAGGUUCUUUGUAUUGUAAGUUUUCCCUGGGGCUGGCUCGUGCAAAAUCUCUGUUUUUUUCCAACACCAUCAAAGUCCUAAUAAAAUUAGCCUAAUACAUGUGUUUUAACUCUUGAAAAGCUUAUAACCUACUUUAUAGCAUAUAUAUUUUUUCUAACAGAAAGCUUUUAAAUAUGUUAUUGGAUUUGUAUACAUUAGUUUAGACUACUUUUGUUAAGUGGUAAAGAUCAUGGUUAACAUUUAUCCAGGUUGCAUUUCCCCUACUCUGUUUCUCUUAUAUUUCAACUUCUCUAAUUUCUUUCUUUAAUAUUUUAAAAGGGAUUACUAGUUGAUAAAUGAUUAUAUGAAACUGGCGCUACAUUUAUUGUGGCCUUUGCAGUAAAACAAUUAUAGCAAUGUGUUUCAUGAUGCAGUAAACCGAACAUACCAAUGUAAUAUAAAUGCAGCGUUCUAUGGAUUUUCUAGAUUAAUCAUGGCAGUAAUUGGUAUUAGUUACAUGUGAAUUCAAUUUGCUGCAAUGACGUAGAUUCAAAGGAACACAUUUUUUAUAAUUUGGGAAGUCAGCGGCAUAGGAGGGGUUAAAGGCAAUUUUUAUUUAAUAUGGAAAGCAGCAUUUUCAAUCAACUGCAGAGUAUUUUUAUGGAAGGCAGUCUGCAAAAUCCCUGCCCUAGUUCAGCACUAAACCUAGCUAGGCCGCUGGUGGAGGGUAUGCAGAGAGUUUAGAUCAAAUGUCAAGAAUGUUUGUAUUAUGGCUAUUUUCUCAUGUUAGUAAUAAAGAUAUUAGAAAUACAUGUACCAUUUUUUAUUUGGCCUGACUCUGAGAAAGAAUGUUAAGACUGGAUUUUAAACGAUAAACUUUCUUAUAAAUAUCUUGUGCAAUUUUAGGACCUCCUGAUGAGUUGGUAUCAGAAGGCGCCAGAAUAGCCAUUGCUGCCUUUAUUGAACGUGCCAGAACGGUAACAAAUAGUGUCAGUACCUUUCAUAAAGAUCUUCAUGGCUCAGUAUCAAAGCUUGGCAAGACUAUUGACAGGGUAAGCUGGGUUUUUUAAAUAUCAAUUUGUCUUUGAUAAUAUAUAAAUAUUAUCAUAAGGUCCAAGUGCCAAAAAAUAUUAAUUUUUAGUUGACAUUAUAGUUUGUAAGUAUCUAUUUGGAAAAUUAAAAGGUGCUAUGAACUACUUGUAGGAAUUACCUAACAUUGUUUGGCAUUUGUACCCAAUAUAUUGCAACACUUUAGUAUAUCUCAGUUGGAUUUUGUACUGAUACAAACAUUAAUGACGACCUCUAUUUGGGAAUAUUAAUCUUCGAACAAUUAGUUUUGCAGCUUUCUAUAUAAUUUUUUUUGCAAUAGAUUUUUUAACGAUUUAAAAUUAUUUUUUUUUCUGCAGAAUUUCACAUCAGAUUUUUCUGCUAUUAUAACUGAAGGUGCCUUUGAUGGAGAAAGUCGACAGCGUCUGCUUAAUGAGGUCAUCUGUGAGCAUUUCCUUAGGCAGGGGUUGCUUGAUAUAGCAGAAUCUUUAAAUGUGGUAAAUAUUAAAUAUUCAUUACUUACAUUUUCAUUCUAUUUCUAUUGUCUCUCGAUAAACACAUAUCUCACAUUUGUCGUUCAGCAUACACCACUAUCCGUCAGAUCAGCUCCAUAUGCCACUACCUCACAGUUAGCGCUACAAAAACUCUAGUCUGUGCUCUUGCUCUCUCUCGAUCUUGACUGCAAGUCUCUUCUGUCAGGUUCACCAAAACACUGCAUAGAAAAACUGCAGAAAGUUCAAAACUCAGCUGCUAGGCUAGUUUUAAAGGCAAAAAAACGUGAUCACGUCACUCCACUACUCCAUGCCCCUCCAUCGGCUACCUAUACAGGCACACAUUGACUACAAGUUGUCUGUUCUCUGUUACAACUUUUUCUUGGAUUCCUGCCCUUCCUAUCUAACCGAACUUCUUUCUGUCUAUUCACCCCUUCGACAGCUUCGCUCCUCUGCAGACACGUGUAUUCUGUCCGUUCCCAAGACACACACUAAAACAUAUGGGGAACGAUCUUUCUCUUUCUGCGCCCCCCCAACAAUGGAAUUCUUUCCCACUACACAUACGCAAUAUACCAACCAACCAGGCCUUCAAAACUGCACUCAAAACAUAUCUUUUUAAAUUAUACUACCCUGACUGAUUCCCCUCCUGACCGAUAAAUGAUCUUGCUUGCUGCCGUCCAUGGUUUGCCUUGUAAAAUUUAUGUGGUGGGGUGGGUGAAUAUACAUUGCUGUUCUUUAUUUCAUAAAUGUAUUUUAUUUUAAUGUCAUGAUUAUGUUUCUUUGAUAAAAUUUUUAUGUACAGCGCGGUGAGCCCAGUCCUUGGCUGGGGUACCGCGCUAUAUAAGACCUCAUAUUAUUAUUAUUUAAGGAAAAAAUUGGCUUAAACAAUAUAAAAUAUUUGUUUUUAAUUAUUUAAAGUCAUUUUCAACACAACAGUGAGAUGUCUGUAAAUAUGUUUUAUCGUUUCAAUGAAAUAAUCUGUCUAACCUGUUUACUUGAAAUAAAUCCUUGACAAAUUUUGUUUGUUACAAAAAACUGUAUUACGAUUAUUUUUUUCCAAUUUACAUGCAUAUUGCAAAUUUAAUCUGAUAUUUUGUUUUAGCCACUUUCAAACCCUUGCUUCUAUUUUUCUCAAGGAUGCAAACUUGGGAUUAUCACAGGAAAGGAAAGAGCCUUUUUUAGAGCUGCAUAGGAUACUUGAAGCAUUAAGGCAACACAAUUUAGAGCCAGCUUUAGAGUAAGUUUUUAAAAUUAUUUCACUGAACAUGUUUGUCCUAUGUUGAUUAUCUAAUUUGAAUGUUUAAAAUUGCAAUAAUUCUUCUGUCCGCCUCUAUGGGGAGGUGAUGGGGGGAGGUACAGUUGGCGAUCUGUUGGUAGGUUUGAGACCUGCUGAAAAUUUAUGUUGUGGUGUUUGCAAUACAUUAUAGAUGAAUUAAUUGGAACUGAAAUAAACUGUAUAUUUGAAGAGGGGAUUAUAAUGAAAUGCACUCUGUAAAAUUUGACUUAGAAUGUAUACAUAAAAAACCUUUUUGUUUCUAGAUGGGCUGAAAUAAACAGAGACGAGCUUAAUAAAAGAAAUUCUCCAUUGGAAUUCAAGCUGCAUCGCUUAAGAUUCAUUGAACUUAUAAAAUAUGGAUCAAUUAAGCAAAGAGAAGUUCUUCAGUAUGCUCGGAAAUUGGCACCUUUUGCAGAUAUGCACAUGAAAGGUUUUUAUGAUUUAUUUUUAUUUAGGAGUUCUUGCUUUCUUAACUCUUUCCAUGCCAGGGGGUUUUCCACAUUUGUGCCCAAACGGUUUUCUGCAAAUGGAAAUAUUUUAGGGUGCUCUUAUCAAUUAAUGCAUUUUGAAUAACUUUUUUUUAGCAAGAUAGCUAUAUUUCAUAUCAAAUUACAGGAAUUUAAACAGGAAUAAUACAGGAAUAAUAGUAUUUAAAGAUGAGAUAAUAAUAGUUUAAAUUUUACUGGUAAAAUAUGAGACCAAAAUUUUUUUUUUAAAUGUGCGCCAAAUCUGACGUUAACAGACUAUUAUAUGGUCUGUGUAGCUGGUAUCCUAUUUUCCUUUAAUAAUCAGAAAGUAUAUCUAUUUUUGAUAAGAAUGCAUUUUACAUUUUAAAAAUAUUUUUGUAACAUUAUUGUCAACCAAAGAAAACAUUUUCUUUGCAUAUGUAUAUAUACACAAAUGUCAAACACAUUAUUUACAAAAUAUUUUACUUUAGUACAAAUUUCUUUCUGUGUAGUUCUUUAUGAAGCACUCCUUAACAUACAGAUGAGGCCUUCCAGUGCAUCCGAUGCACACAUAGCAGCUGCAUUUGGUUAUUUUGUGCACUGAACAUUAUACACACUGUCAAUCAUGCCCAUCACAGACAACCAGGAGCUUAUUUUCACUGAGAUGUUUUCUGCACUGUUGAUGCGCUUUUUCCCUCGCUUUGAUAGGGUGGGCACUAAGGGAAUGAGUGUUUCUGGGUUGUGAGCUUUUCUAUUCUUCCUGCAUCUUUUCUGCCUAAUUUCCAACUUCUCUUAACAGGAACAGGAGCAGUAUUAUCUGAUCCUCACUGUCACUAUAGUACAAAAGAAGUUUGGGAUCUUUACUAAAAAAAUUCAUUUCUUUUGCUUGAACCACUUGAGCUAGAAAGUUGAUCUUGGUGUCUUUGUAAUCCAUUUUCUAGGGUCUGUGGUAAUUUUAUAUUUUUAAAAAUGUUUUAAUUUUUUUUUAACCAAAAUGCAGACUGUCACCACUAUUAUUAUCACCGUUCUACUCCAUUUGGCAUUUACCGAAAGCUGAAAAUUAUCACUGGAAUCAGAUUUAAAUGAUUCAUGGUUAUUGUUUGAUGUUUCAGCAUCAAUAAUUUGCAAUAAAAGCUCUUUUGUUUGAAAACUUAACGACCUACCUGGUCUAGCAACAGCUGAUGUGCUUGGAGUAGGCAUGGCCAUAGUUUUGUUUAUAACAGUUUCAACACAAAUCGAAAAAAAAAAAAGGUGCAAUUAUUGAAAAAACAAAUGUAAACAAAACCUACUUACUAACAGGCAGGAAGUAGGAAUAAUUAUGGUUCAUAAAACAUAAAAAAGUAGGAUUGAUAGCCAUAGGCAGCGAAAUAAACUACAGAAAUGCAACCUUUGUUAUGGAUGAUAUAUCAUGGAUCCGCAUGGAAAGAGUUAAAACAAUUUUAAGACAAUAUUCUCUAUUGGGAUAUUUGUGGGAUAUAUUCAUCCCUGCAAAUUUGUUUUUUUAUGCAUUGUAUGUGUCUUAAAUCUUACUAUUUCAAAUCACAAUAAGACGACAGAAAACAGUGAAUUUUCAAUUCUUUGAGAAUCCUAUGAAACUGCACAUCUCUCCCCCACCACCACCACCUUAACACACCCCCCUUUAAAAAAAUAUUUUGCACAUGUAUUCUUUCUUCAAAAUAAUUUACUAAGCUGAUUAAUAUUUUGAUUACUUUUUUUAACAGUUAAAACUGUCCAGGUUUAGAAUUCAUAUCUAAAUCUGCUUUUCUUUUUAUUUGAUAUGCUGUAAAUGAAUAUAUACAAUGUAAUCAGAGCACAUUCCCAUUUAAUUUGAUUAGAAAAAGAAUCUUAUCUGAUCUUAUGUUAUCUUGGCAUUAUAUUUGGUGUGUAUGAUUGAUAUAUUUCUAUUCUUUGAUUUAAGAUAUGCAGCUUCUCAUGGGAUCUCUUCUGUACCUCAAUGAAGGGAUUGCAAAUUCAACAUAUUCAUUUUUGUUUGAAGACUCCAGUUGGGCAGAAAUUUGUGACAUAUUCACUCGAGAUGCUUGUGGACUUCUUGGUCUGUCAGUAGAAAGUCCUCUCAGUGUUGGGUGAGUUUUGUUCAAGUUUGCUUUUUGUUUUUUUUCUCUGCUUACAUCUUGUUAUUUUAUCUUGUUAUUUUAUGACAAUACAUCGUCAUCAUGUUUUCUUAUGACAAUAAAUGGUAAUUUAUGGUUUAUUAAUUUUUUUAAAACCCCAGAAUCAAUGCAGGUUGUAAGGCAUUGCCACCAUUGCUAUCAAUACGACAAGUCAUGCAGUCAAGACAAGUUGCAGGAGUAUGGAGCAGCAAAGAAGAACUACCAGUAAUAUUUUUUCAUUGUACUUUUAAACAUAAAGUCAUGUCUCAAAUUAAACUAUACUUGAACAGUAAAUUUACCAGAAUCAUAGACUUUUUUCAAGUUCUAGUAUGUAGGGAAUGAGUAACUUCAUUUCCUAAGAUGAUUGGGGGGGGGGGGGCAAAAAAUUGCCAAAGUCAAAUAAAUUGAAUUUUAUGGGGGGUUUUUGAAUGGUGGGGGGGGGGGGGUGGCAGUCUUUGCAUGCCUGGAGAUGGCUAUGCAGAUUCAGUAGCCUUUGGUCCACCAAAGCAUUACACACUGGUUGGUGUUCAGUAGCCUUCUGUCGUCAUCAGGGCUGCAUCUUAGCUUCCUCUUGCUGAGACUACUAUUACUUUGUUAAAUUUUUCUUCUUCAACUGAGGCCAGCAGUUCUCAUUUCCCUAUCAGGGGUCAGCAGUCCCCCACACUUUUAUCAUAGGUUAGCAUUUUCUAUGUCCCUUUCAGAGGUCAGCAGUUCCAAUGUCCCUAUCAAAGGCCAUCAGUUGCCUUCUUCUGAUGCUUGAGAUAGUCAAAGUUAUGCUUUCUAGGAGCUCUUGUAUUUUGUCUCCCUUUGCACAGCUAGCUAUAGAAGACAGCUUUUUGGAUGUUAUCGUCUACCACACAAAUAAGAUUAUCUACCUAACAUAACUGUCUUGUAAAUAACAUGGACUGGAUGUUCUCCAUUCUGGUUUCUACUAAAAGCUUAUUGUUUGAAAUGUAACCUUGGCAUUUUAUGCCCAUGAUAGCCUGCUGCCAUCUUUGGUGAAAAUGUUCAUCUUUAUGAAAGGCUGGUAUAUCACCCAGGUCUCGGAACUGAAGUGCCUAUAGAGAAGUAUGGUAAUAAUUAUUGUCCUGUAGAACAGUACUCUAGUGGAAUGGCAAAGCAAGCCAUUUUGCCACACACAUUUUUGUAGGACUCCAAAGGAACUGUUUGAUUUCACCAGUUGGUAGUCUAUGUCCUUUGACACUGCUUCAUGGUUAGAGAUAUUGGUCCCCAAUUAUGCGAACUGAUCAAUUGCACUGAGUGUGUGACUAUUUAUGAUGAUUUUGGUAGGGGGGUGCCGGAUCCGUUUUUUCCAACCGGAUCCGGAUUUUCUUAUGCGAAAUCUGCCGGAUCUGGAUUCCGGAAUAAUCCGGAUUCCGGAAUAAUCCGGAUUCCGGAAUAAUCCGGAUUCAGGUUUCUCCCGGAUUCCGGAUUUUGGUACUAUUGGUAGAUACUUCGGUAAGUCAAGGUGGACUACUACUUUUUGUGUAUGGGAAUUCGCAAUCGGCGCCAAAAAAUCCGAGUUUUUAAUUUUCCGAUGUGUGUGUCUAUUUAUUAUUAAAUUAGUACUUUCGAUAUAUAUUUGAGUUCCGUUCCAUUUGGAUAAGUGUCUUACGAGAGACGCCAUGUUUCUACGUGUUCGCAGCAGGUCAUGCAGCUCGCUCAACCUAAUUUCGCCAUUGGGUUGGACACCCCCCCUUUUUAAUGGCGGAAGUUGACGAUACUUAGGAAAUAUUAAUAUAUUAUCACUAUUUACAUCAAAAUAAUUGAUAACUUGUGUUUCAGAAUGCAUUUAAAGACAUUUAAACUGGAAUGUUUUAAUUUGAGCUUUAACAACCCGGUAGAAUCCAUAUUAUAAAUGAUCAGAAUUUACCGUGUGCAACACGUUGUCAUUGGCAACCAUUCACAGCCACUUGCAUAACUGUAUCGUAGUACUACCUCAGAGUUUCAUUCAUAAGAGUUUGCCGUGUGCAAAAACUAUUAAACCAUUGGUCAGGGAAAGCUUUAAUUAAUUAUUCAUGUGCCAAAGUUGAAAGUUUAAACUAAGUCUAAACAGUAUUUUAGUGAUAAGGCAGGGAAUGCGUUGCCUUAUAUAAACUAUAUAGUCAUUGCGCAUGGCGGGAUUGGCGGAAUGAGAUCACAGAAUGUGGAGAUGCAGUCCAUGUUAAAAAAUGACAAACCAAGUCGUACUUUAAAAAUUCAUAACUUUAAAACUACAACAGCUAAAUAUAUGAUUUUGGUGUUAUAAUUCUUUAAAAAAUUACAUCUUUUCAACUAUGCCAUUGGUUUAUUUUUACAAAAAGUUUAAAUUUUCUUAUCAAAGUCCCUACACUAUUGGCCACUAUUAGCGGUGCUGACUCUAGCCUCUGGUAUGUACGGAAUAUUAAACAUUAACUCUCAAAAGACUGUAGAUUUUUCCAGAUUUUAAUGACCUUGAAUAUAUCUUAUUCUUCAAAGUAUCUCAUGACUGUAUUUUUGUAGCUACCUCCAAGUAUUAUAUAUCAUUUUAAAGGUAAUUGGAUGCUCUUUAAUUGAUACUUGGUGUUUGUUCAAAAUAUCCUUGCUAAAUUUGAUGUUUUAUUAUUUUUAGGCAAAAAAAAUAUUUUUUUAAGUCGACAAAAACAUAACAUCACAGUUUUACAAAGAAGCAAAAAAAAAAGUGUUUCCAAUUAAAUCAAUAAAAUUAUAUUUUUAUUAGAAUGUGUUCAAUAUUAUAAAACAUAUUCAAAUUUCAAAAGAAUAGACUCAUAAAUAAAAAAGUUAUGACUAUUUGUAGGCAACAGAUCAUUCAAGGAAAUAUUGCGCAAAAAGUCAAAAUUAUUUUCAAAAAUAAUAAUAAUUUUUUUUUUCAAAGGAAAACAUAUACUGCAUCAUAUUUUAAUUUAGAGGAUUAUUAGUAAGUAUUAUUUUAGAAGAAAAGUUUAAAAAAAAAAAGGCACAUUUUAAUAAAUAAAAUGUUUUUAUGCAUCCCUGAGAUACCGAUCAAGGGAUAUAAUCCUUCGCCAAGACCAUGCAUAAAAAUUCUUGAAAACAAUUUCUUUAUUUAUUAAAACAUACAAAUGUAUCAAAAAGAAAGCCUGUGACAUAUGUUCUGACCAUUUUACCCUGUUUUGGUAACCCACAAUUACAUUUGUUGUUAUUGUCAUGUUGCGGCGCACGAUGUAAAGAUUUCGGGCUUUACAGUAUCAGGUUCAUCAUCAAAUAUGUCAAUUGUUCCCUAAAUUGUUCAUUAAUUGCUACAUUUUCUUGAUGCUGAUACAGUUGAUUGUAUUUUGCAUUGAGAUACAGAAGUGUCUCCCAAUUUUGCACAGCAUGUUUCCUUUAUUUGCAGUAUCAGAAACUUUUAGGAAACUCAAUAUAGCCUUGAAUAUGUCCUUAGUACUAAUGGCCUUGCUCAUUGUCCAUAAUAAAAGGAUUUCCCGGACAUUUCUUGUAAAAUUAAGAGCUUGAUAAGUCCUGCAUUCAUAAUGAAUCCACUUAGUAGAUAAAACUCUCCUUCAAUGAUGUUAUAAUGGUACCAAUUUUUGAAAACACAAAAGUUCUGCGGUCCAUUGUUCUGCGCACAAGGCUUACUAAUAACAACCAAAUCUGUAGUAAAGUAAAGGUUGAAAUUGUCAAUUUGCUUUUAAAAUCUCCUUAUAUCCUCUCUUGUUAUAACAUCAGGAAGCAAGAGUGCUUUUUACCUCUGGUCUAAAUGCAGCAAAGAGUCCCACAGUCUUUUGUCAUCAUAACCCAUUGUAUUGACUAUGUUUGACAUCUGCCCUUCAUAGCAUAAAUGCUGUCAAAAUAUAUUUAAAAAAUUAGUUUAGCUAAAAUAAAAAAAUUACAAUAUAAAUAAAAAGAAUUCAAAAUAUUAAACAAUCUGCCUAAAUUACUUUUACUUCAACUUUUCAUUGAAAAGGGAACACAGCUGAUUGUUACAGUGUAAUAAUAAUAGCCUUGGCCUUGAGAACCAUUGUUUACAUUUUGCUAACUGAAACGUAAUAAUAUUAAAAUAAUUGUAUAACUACAAAUUAGUUUCAAACAAAUAAACAAUUUAAUCUAUUUAAGAAUUUUAUACUACAGGAACUUGAAUCAAACUAAUGUUAGGGCUAAUAAUAGUGCUUAGAAGUAUCACAGUAUGCGUGAGUUGAGUAUGAAUGAAAAAAGUAAACAAACCUUGGAUGCUAUUAUUAUGAUGAUAAUUUACAGAAUUCUUGGUACUAGACACAUCUGAAGUGCUAUCUUCAUCAAAAAUAUUCCUCUAAGUAAGAAUAGUUGUCCAUUUCAAGCUUAUAAUCAGAAUCAGACUCCAUAGCAAUGUUUUAGAGUGUAGUAACAGUGAACCGGAAUUGUGGCAAAAUAAGAGUAAAUGGCGAAAAGGAAAAUUUAGGAAUGGACAAUUUGCUACCAGAUUUCUUCAAGAACUAGUAAAAUAAACGAUUUUUCUUUCUUGCCAAAUAGAAAUUUAACAUUUCAAAAUAGUAAAUCUUUAUUUUCGCCUUUUAAUAUUAUUUUUAUAUAUAUUUUAGGGGUCGUUUUUUUCACCCGCCAUAUAUGACCGAUUUUUAAAUCUCCUGUCUUUUGAGAGUUAAACAAGCUCAACGCUCGAAACAAUCGAUUAAUGUAUCGUGAUCGUGUGGAAUUCGGGAAAGAGAAUUACUUUUAUUUCAGAUUAUGAUCCGGUGAGUCACAAAAUCUGGCAAAUUCCGAAAUCCGGUAUAUUCCGGAUUCCGGAAUCCGGUUGUUCCGGAUACAUGUAAAUCCAGCGGAACCGGAUUUCACCGGAUAGUGCAAAAUCCGGCGGAACCGGAUUCCGGACCGGAUUCCGGCACACCCCUAGAUUUUGGGGCCAUCUAGUUAGUGGGAAUUUUGUUUACAGACCCUGGACUAUAUUUAAAUUUAUGGGGAGAUAAAAUGCUACAGAUCCUGAGUCAAGUCACUUGUAUUGUGUUGAUUUUCAGUAUAUUAAAGGAUAUUUGUAUAUAAGAAUAAUAUUUUAAGGCUUUCAGAUAAGUGAAACUAUUAUAUUUAAACUAUUUUAUGUAAUAACUGUUUCCAUACAAAUUUUCUUUCUUUUUACUUUUAGGUUGAGAUUGACUUGGGCCAGGAUUAUAGGUUCCAUUCUAUUUUUGCCUGUCCCAUUCUCCGUCAGCAGAGUACAGAACAAAACCCACCAAUGAGACUUACAUGUGGUCAUGUCAUAUCAAAAGAUGCUUUGCAUAAAUUAGUUGUGGGGAGCAGUAACAGGUAUAUUUUUAUUAGAUUUAAUUUAAUGAAUCGUUGGACUUUAAUAUAAGUUAGUGUACUUUUAUUAAGUCUCAGAUAAAGACUUUUGAUAGGAGCAGGUAGUCAAUCAUAGUACAGAUUAUCAACGUUUUACCAGUUUAGAAAUGUAGACAUCAAUAUUUUUGUGUGUUAAUGGAGCAAAUAGACAGGGUAAAUUGAGGAAUGUAAACUGAUCAUUUUAUUUUAUGUGAUACUGGCAAAAUUGCCCUUGCUAAGCCAGGUCUGUUCAUGGAUUGGGGAAAGGUUUGAAACAUGUCGACUAACAUGGGUAUGGGAAAUCAAUGUUUCUUUAUUAUACAUUUUUCCAGAUUCAAAUGUCCAUAUUGUCCAGUUGAAAUGACAACAGGAGAGACGAAACAGAUCUACUUUUGAAGUGUAAAUGUUUUUGCUUACUUUGAUAAACUUUUUUGACAUUAUUUAUUCAUUCAGUUCACUCAGCAAUAUAGGAUCACAAUUCAUCAGAGAAAUUUUAAAUUUUACUUCUUGUUUUAAUUCAUUUAAGUUAUUGUAAGAAAGUAUCUUGUUAACUCUUUGAAUUAAAUGUUACUCCAAAAUUACAGAUUGUUGAACUGUUGAACUUGUGAAAUUAAUACACCGGAAAUAACUAAUUAUGAAUACUUUUUCAUUUUAAAAUGACAUAAAGUAAUAAUUAUAAAAGAAAAAGUUAAUAAAUAAGUCAAGACCCAUACUGCCUAAUCUACUUUUUAUGUUAAAACUUACCUGCCUAAGGGACAUAACUCCCUUUUAAAAUGUAAAGUGUUUUCAAAAAUUGUAUUAAAUAUAAAAUGAAUGACAGUGAUGAGGCCAUGGAAGCAGUUCCGGCUCAUAACAGUAAGAACACAGUACAGGAACUGCUCAUUCCUGCCAAGGAGGACUGGAACAAGCUUCCAAAAGCCAACAACACUUGAAACAUUUGUCUAUUGAUUCAGGCCUUAAAAAACCUAGUUCCUGAUACCCACGCUGAGUAGCCCUUGCAAUACCAGUAACAGAAACAUUGCAAAUAUCUCUACAUACAUAGGAGCCAGAAUGAUCAAUACAUUGAUCGUGGUCCCUUAAUAUUAAGAAGAAGAAGAAGAAAUUUGGUCAUAUCUAGAAUAUCUGAAGUUAAUUAUCAGUGAAUUGUCACAAGUUCACCUGGCUUCACCAUGGUCACUGUUGCUCGCCCGUUGUAUCAUCUACUGAUGUAUCAGUAUUGAUUAUUUCAGAUAUAAUUUUAGCUAUAAGAUCAUCAAUAUGACUUUCUUCAUUAAUUUCAAUCAAUUCUACAUUGAUCUGUUGGAUAGUGUAACACCUUAACUUGCAAGUGUAGUAAACUUAUGUUGUCGUGCAAGAUUUUGAAAAGCCAUGCUGUACUUUGAACUUUGCCUUUUUAACAGAAGAAGAUACAAAAAUACAGAUUUAAAUUUAAAAAAAGAUUACCCGAAUGAGCAUCAUGCGUGACAUGCCGCUGUCUGGUGUAGUAGGCAGGUGGGUAUGGGAAUAAUGGAGAACAACAGUUGGCUUUGAUGGAAGUAGAUGGUUAAUAGAAGAAUUUAGUAGUAGAUGGUUAAUAGAAGAAUUUGAUAAGUGGAUGAAAAUUAAUCAUAUUUUAUUGUUAUAUCUAGAAAUAGGGAAAAAAUUUAUAGAAUUUUUUGCAAUAACUUAUUGAAAAGAAAAAUAUGCAGACAGUGCAGCAAAAUUCUCUUUUAAUUUUUGUAAUUACUAAAAUAGGCAUCGGUUAUUUUUGGCUGUAAUAUUUUAGGUUAGACAUAAUUCUUUACUGAGGCCAUCUAAAUGGCAGUGUUUUAAAAAAGAAUGAUAUUAUUUUAAUUGUUAUAUCUAUCACUGCAACCUUUUUUAUUCACCGGUUCUGUUGAUGCUUUUAGUUGCUCAUGAUCAUGUCUUGAAUUUCACUAUGUCUCAUAAAUAAUAUAGCAGAUGCUCAGCUUUUUGUAUCUCAGCUGUAUGGCUGGUGCACUACAAAUCAAUUUUGCUGCAUAUUUUGAUUGAUGGAUUGACUGAAUACUUUUAUAGUGCUUGUAUCCAUGCUAUUUUAGCAUGAUGUCCUAAAAUCUAUUUAAAGGAAAAAGACUUUUUUGUUUUAAAAUGAUUUUUGUAUCAUUUUCAUUUUCCCACAAAGAUUGAGGCAAACUGUUCCAUAAUUUUCAUUGAAUUCAUCUGGAUUUGUUUCUUUCAAUGGAAAUUCUAAAAUAAGGAACUUAAAAAAAAAAAAGAUUAUAUUGAUAAGGAGAUAUCUUGCAGUCUAUUAAUGAGAAAUAAUACUUGCACAGGAUGGUAUAAAUGGAUUUACUUGAUCAUUAAAAAAAAAGCAACUAAUUUUAAACAAUUUUAAACAAUGUCAUAAAAAUAUACAUAAGUUAAGACAUUAUCAUUGAAAUGAAAAAAAACCUAACUAAAUUUGAUUGUUAUAUAACUUAAAUUUCAUAAACACCCUAAGCAUCAGAGUGGGCCAUUGACAAAUACAAAUGAAGAAAUGAUACCAUAGUUUUAUAUGUACAAAUCACAACCAGUUUUAAAAAUAAUAGUUUUCACAAAAUGUUUAGUAUCACCAUACUGAAAGGUUAUCUAAUGUAGUACAGUAGUCUGCAUGAUGUUUGAGUUCUAAGCUGAGCUGUUUGAGAGCUUUGAUCUAAGUUAACAUUGUUCAUUUUAUUUUCAUAGAUUUACAAUAGACAUGGCAACAUUUGAUAAUUGGUCUCACAUUUUCUAAAGCAAAGGUCCCUAAAUGAGAGCCACUUGAUCAUUUGAGAACAAGCCUCCCCUCUUCUUGAUAAUACACUCAUAGUAUUAAUUAUUAAUAAUGAAUGAUCAUUUUAUAAUAAAUGCUUUCCACAGUAAGCCUUUUACGUCAAAAGGUUGGGAGCAUUUUUUUUCUUUCCAAGGGUUUUUUUUUGUUUUAAAAAGACAUAACCCAAAUUCUGCAUUUAUUGUAUUCUAAAUACUGUAUAGUUUAUCAAUUUGGACCACAGAAGAAUCCAGAUUUGUGAAAACAAAACCAUUGUUAAUUCUUUGAUCACUGCAGUUGAGUUGCAGAAUUCAAAGAAUAAAUCUACUCAUUUUCAGAGGUAACAAAUUCAAAACUUGUUCAUCUUGCCUUUAGUCUUCUUUAAAUAUGAUUUUUUGAAAAGUAAUUAUUAAGAAUCUGGAAAAUAACAGUUGACUGGAACAGUUGACUGCAUGUUACAAGCUGGACUGUACUAAUUAUUUUGUUUUAUCUAUCAUUGUUUCCAAAUUGUAUUCUCAAAAUUUCCAUUGGUUAUACUUGGUCUCUGCAUGUAAAAAGUGAUAUCCGAUUUUUAAUCUUCCAAUUUGAAUAUAGUGUUUAGUUCAUCAAGUGGUCAUACUGAAAUUAAUUUUUUUGGUAAAAAUAUUAGUUACUUAAAUAGUAAAAAAAAUGUACAGGACACAAAAAGUACUUGUGAUAAUUUUCCUUUCGGUUGAGUAAAAACGCAACUAAAGUUGUUCAUGACAUUUUUCUCUUCCUACACGAAAGCUUGCAUUUAUGAUUAUUUGUUUCGCUUUGUAAUUGGGUAAAUAUUUACCCAAAAAGCGGCAAAAAUAAGCAAGAUGAUUUUGUUUUCUGCUGCAUAGCUUGAAACUUUAGCACAAUGGUUCUCAACAUUUCUAAUGCAGCGACCCUUUAACACAGUUCCUGUUGUUGUGGCGACCCCCAGCUACAAAAUUAUUUUUGUUGCCACUUCAUAAUUGUAGAGCAUAUGUCAUGUUUUCAGAUGGUCUGAGGCAAACCCUGGGAAAGGGUCGUGCUACCUCUAAAGGGGUCGCGACCCACAUGUUGAGAACCGCUGCUUUAGCAUAAAAUCUGCUCAGUUUAUACAGAAAACAUUUUAUUUGGUAUUACAAUUUCUUAAGUCGUAAGAUAAUAGUUUUACUAGUAAUCAAUAGAAGACUUGGCACAAUGAUGAUUGGUCAACCCUGUGGCAUUCCAUGAGUUGAAGAGUGAUAUUCUGUGCAAUGCUUAGGUGUGGGAUUUUUAUUCACCUCAUUAUUUAUUGCUUGGAAAUUUCUUGUUUAAAAUGUUUGUUACUAGCACCUGCGCGCCCCCCCCCCCCCCCC